UUGUGUUCUGUCGUUUCCCUAAAGUCAAGGUGUUGUUUUGGAUUUUCUUUUCCGAAACAGAAAAAAAGAAACAAAAGGAGAGGAAGAAGAUGAAGUGUUUUCGAAACAUAAGAUCGAUAUUCAUGCACGCGGAUGGUGUGGAUUUAAUACUGAUGGGACUAGGUUUAUUCGGAGCUAUCGGUGAUGGCGUCAUCACUCCUAUAAUAUUUUUCAUCACCGGCCUGCUACUGAAUGACAUUGGUGGUUCCUCAUUAGGAGAUAAAACCUUCAUGCAUGCCAUCAUAAAGAAUGCUGUAGCUUUGCUUUAUGUCGCUUGCGCAUCUUGGGUGAUAUGUUUCGUUGAAGGGUAUUGCUGGACAAGGACAUGGGAGAGACAAGCAUCAAGAGUGAGAGGGAAGUACUUAAGAGCAGUGUUAAGACAAGAUGUGAGUUACUUUGAUCUUAAUGUUACAAGCACUUCUGACGUUAUCACCAGUGUCUCCAGUGACACUCUUCUCAUCCAAGACGUCCUUAGUGAAAAGUUACCAAACUUUUUGAUGAAUGCAUCAGCGUUUGUGGCAAGCUACAUCGUGAGUUUCAUCAUGUUGUGGAGACUCACAAUCGUAGGCUUCCCGUUCUUUAUCCUCCUCUUGAUCCCUGGACUGAUGUGCGGACGAGCCCUUAUCAGCAUCUCGAGAAAAAUACGCGAAGAGUACACUGACGCCGGUUCUAUUGCCGAGCAAGCUAUCUCGUUGGUGCGAACCGUCUAUGCAUUUGGUAGUGAGAGAAAGAUGGUAGCAAAAUUCUCAGCUGCAAUUCAAGGCUCAGUGAACCUAGGGUUGAGACAAGGACUAGCUAAAGGAAUCGCCAUUGGGAGCAAUGGUAUAAGUUAUGCAAUUUGGGGGUUCAUGACUUGGUAUGGAAGUCAGAUGGUUAUGUACCAUGGCGCUAAAGGCGGUACUUUCUUCGCAGUCAUCAUUUGCAUCACCUCUGGUGGCACAUCACUUGGUCGAGGCUUGUCGAAUCUCAAAGAAUUCUCAGAGGCAGUUGUAGCGGUGGAAAGGAUUGUCAAAGUGAUAAACAGAGUUCCUGACAUUGAUUCAGAGAACCUAGAAGGUCAAAUUCUUGAGAAAAUUAAAGGAGAAGUCCAGUUUAAGAAUGUGAAGUUCAUGUACCCAUCUAGACCCGAGACCCCAAUCUUUAAUGUUUUUCAGUGGAAGAAUGUGAAGAAGUUGACGAGGAAGAAGAAGAAAAAGAGUAUA